AUGCGAUAUUUUAAUAUCAAGAUCGAACAACGAAAAGCUCUCGCAACAUAUGCAAUUGAUAAUAAUCUUUCAAUAUUAUCAGAUAUACAGUGGAUAACAGCAGAAAAAAUUGUUAAAAUUUUGAAACCAUUUGAGGAAAUAACAAUUGAAGCGAGCAAAAGGAGUGCUACUGCUUCCAUGAUUAUUCCUUCAAUCAAAACAAUUCUCUUAUUUCUUGAAAAGGCAAAAGAAUCCUGUGAAUUUUAUGAAAUCAAAGAAACAACUGAAAAAUUAAUGUCCUCUAUUGAUAAAAGAUUUACCUUUUAUUUUGAAAACGAAUCACUAUGUAUUACAACAACAUUGGAUCCCAGAUUUAAAACAAGAUUUCAUAAGACUUGUAUGAUUGAAAGAAUUAAAAAAUUGAUUGUUAAAUAUAUGAAGGAUAGUAAUUCUCCUGACACGAAGUUAUCUGAAAAUGCCAUUUCUUUGACAAAAAUACAAAAUUCGGAAACAUUAACAUUUGAAGAAAUAUUUUCUCAAAUUUCAUCUUCUAACCGAAUUAUGUCUAUGGAGAAAAAUUACCAACAUUGCUAUUUGACGGAACUUCAAAAUUAUUUAGAGCUAGAUUUAAUACGACGAACUGAUAAUAUAUUUACGUGGUGGAAGAACUUCACGAAUAUAUUUCCCCGCUUAAGUAAAAUGGCGUUGAAAUAUUUAACAGCUCCUGCUUCGUCUGUAGAAAGCGAAAGAGUUUUCAGCACUGGAAGAAAUAUAUAUCAACCGAAAAGAAAUAGACUUUUGCCAGAGAAUGGAGAAAUGAUGAUGUACCUUCAUAUAAUUUAA